UGCCAGCAAAGCUUCGUUCAGCCCUAGUUUUAGAGGGAAAAUGUAUCGUUUUUGUCCACAGAUUUUCACCGGGACUGCUUUCAACUCCUAUUUGUUAACGCUGCUACUUGAAGGUUUUUAUUUGAAGAGACAUUGCACUAGAAAUUGGUCGUCGAUUGGCUGAUUUUUGUGAACGUUCUUAUAAUUUUGUAUGAAAAUGCCAAGGUCCAAGAAGAGGAGUAACCGAGGGGGCCAGCAGAGGGCAGUGCAGCCGUUCAGCGAUGAGGACGCCUCCAUCGAAACCCUCAGCCGCUGCAGCAGCUUCAGCGAGACGGCCAGCGUGGCGGACGACGGAGGAGAGGCGGCGGAGGACGUGGCCCUGGAGGACUUCCAGUACAAGCUAAAGGGUUUCAUCGACAGCACUGUGGAUAAAAGUGCUAAAACCAGGCAGAGCGCUCUAGACGGAUUGAAGACUGCCAUGGCAACCAAAAUCCUGUCCGAGUUUAUCCUGGAGAGGAGAAUGACCAUCACAGACAGCAUCGAGCGGUGUCUGAAGAAAGGCAAAGGGGAGGAGCAACGGGCGGCCGCCUCCCUGGCCUGCCUCCUCUGCAUCCAGCUGGGCUCCGGGAUCGAGAGCGAGGAGGUGUUCAAGACCCUCAAACCCGUCUUCAAGAACAUCCUCAACGACGGGACUGCCAACAUUCAGGCUCGGCAAGCGUGUACAACAAGUUUGGGCAUUUGCAGUUUGGUCGCUGAAGACGACAUCUUGGACGUGUACUCGACCAUGGAGUGCUUCGAAGGCCUGUUCUCCAGGAGCUACGCGAAGGGGGACGAGAGUCGCGCCACGUUGGGGCACCAGACCACCGUGCUGCACACCCACGCCCUUCUGUCCUGGGCCCUCCUCCUCACCAUCUGCCCCGCCUCCGAAGUCCGGAACAUUCUCAGGAAGCACCUGCCCAGGCUGCCCACCCUGCUGGAGAGCGAGGACGUGAACAUGAGGAUCGCCGCGGGAGAGACCAUCGCCCUGCUGUUUGAGCUGGCCAGAGACCUGGACGCUGAGUUUGAGCAUGAAGGCCUGGAGCCCCUGUGUGAGAAGCUGACCGCCCUGGCCACCGACUGCCACAAGCACAGGGCCAAGAACGACAAGCGCAAGCAGAGGUCCGUGUUCCGGGACGUCCUGCGCGGCGUGGAGGAGGGCGACUUCCAGACAGAGACGAUCCGCUUCGGGACAGAGCGCAUGGAGAUCGACAGCUGGGUGAGGAAGAGGAUGUACGACGCCUUCCGGGAGUUUGUGGGGUCGGGAAUGAACUACCACCUGCAGGCCAACGAGUUCAUCCGGGACGUGUUCGCGCUCGGGCCGCCGGUGAUGGUGGACUCUGCCACGCUCAAGGCCAUGAAAAUCUCCCGCUUCGAAAGGCAUCUCUACAACGCGGCCGCUUUUAAAGCCCGUACCAAGGCCCGGAGCAAGGUUCGAGACAAGCGGGUGGACGUCGGAGAGUUCUAGACAUUCUAAAACUAGCUAGUUCCUUUAAAGUGUCACCAUUAACCCUUUUUUUAAAGAAAAGAAAUGUAUUGGUAGUAGUAUCGAAUUAAUUUAUAUAUUUAUUUGGAUUUUUACCUAAAUCACGUAUCUUAUUGUAAUUUUUUGAAUAAUUGUAUCCUUAAAGUACUGUAAUUGUUGCAAUUAACCUAUGAACCCCCCUCCCACCCCACAAAACCUUGCAUGCUAUUACCUGUACUUUAUUCUGUACUUUAAUCCACACUUUACAUUAUUUUGUGUUUUGGGGGGAAAAGGGCACUCUAAAAUAAAUCUGAAUUGGCAGA